AUGCAAGCCCAUCUUGCGACGGCAGCGGCGGUCGCGCUCGCACUCGUCGUUGGCACCAAGCUCUUUCGCGGGCGCAUCUACGACCUUCUGAUCGUGCAGCUCACGGCGGGCUGGUACAAAGCGGUCCUCGACGAUCUGCCCGCCACCGCUCGGGUCCUCGACGUGGGCAUUGGCACGGGGCAGGCGCUGCUCCAGAACCUCGAACUCGUGCGCGAGAAGGCCAUUAUCGUCGACGGCGUCGACUAUGACGCCGACUACGUGGCGGACUGCCGCGCCAACAUUGCGCGCGUCGGCUGCCAAGACGUCGUCGCGGUCCAGCACGCGUCGAUCUAUGACUUUGCGCCUGCCACGACGUACGGUGCCAUCUACUUUAGCGCUUCGCUCAUGAUCAUGCCGGACCCGGUGGCGGCGCUGCGCCAUUGCGCCGCCUUUCUUACGCCUGGUGGCCACAUCUACGUCACCCAGACGAUCCAGACGCGCUCGUCGCGCAUCGUCGAGUUGGGGAAACCGCUGCUCAAGUUUUUCACCACCAUCGACUUUGGGGCGGCCACGUACGAAGUCGACCUCCUGCGCACGUUCCAAGUCGCGCGUCUCAACGUCCUCGACGAGCGCUGCCUCUCGGGGGCCAAGAAGGACUCGGCGCGUUCGUACCGCAUGUACAAGCUUGCGCCAUAG